UUCCUUAUCCUACGCGCACUUCGCUCCCCCCACCCCCCGCCCGCCCCACCUCCACUCCCCUUCUGUAAUGGCAGAGUUACAACCAUCGGAAGCCCUGGUCGCCGCCGCUCCGUCGACGGCGCCUCCUCCCGUCGACAACAAUCUUGGACCGACCUUAGCCCCCAAGCGCCAACGCCGUCCCAGCGUCCGACUAGGGGACAUCGGCGACCAACCGGCGACGCUCUCCUACGAAUCUCACGGCCGCAGAAGCAAGCCCUGGCGGUUCACGAAAGACCCCGCCCUAGCUUCCAAAUCCUCCAAGACUCGCCCUCUCACCAACCUCGUGAACGGCGGCGACUCCCUAGAAACCCUAGACGCUGGUGCCGCCGAGGAACAUAACUUCUCCGGCGACGGAAAUCUCGAUAAUCGAAGGUUGAAGGAGUCGAAAUCGAAAAGGGGAAUAGCCGCAAAGAGAGUGAGAUCGAGUUGGGCGGCGAAGGUCGACGACGCCGCCGCCGCCGAGCGUGACGAGGCGUUCGGUGGAAGAGAAGACGCCGACGAAGGGUUCAGGGAGUUCGAGCUGGAUGGCUCGGAGAGCCCGGUACACUCGUUCGAUGACUUAGGGGUCGAUUUGUGGCACGCGCAGCAUCGGAGGCCGCUUAGGGCUAGGGCUUCGGAGAGCCGGGAUCAAGAUGCGAUUGAAUUGGACGGCAGAAGUGAUCGGAACUUCGCCAGCGAGAGGGAUACGAAUCAGUUUCUAGAUGACGGAGUGAGAGCGUGGCUUAUUGAGCUCGGGCUAAGUCGGUACGCCCCGAUUUUUGAGAUACACGAGGUGGACGAUGAGGUAUUGCCAAUGUUGACGUUGGAGGAUCUCAAGGAUAUGGGAAUAAAUGCUGUUGGUUCCAGGCGAAAAAUGUUCGCUUCAAUCCAAAAGCUUCGCAAGGGACUGUCCUAGUUCUACACCGCUUCAUGUACUGUAACUUCUUGAAACCCUAAGCCCAUAGUAAAUGAGAAAAAAGAAGAAGAGAAGAAUCAGAAGAUACAUGCUUGUCUGUGAUGUUGGUGUUCAUUUUGCUAAUAUUGAUAUCUUUAUUUUGGAUCAAGAUCCUCUAGAGUUCUUCUUUUUUAGAGUUUGUGGAGUUGAAAGUAUAUACAUAUCCUUCUCAUACAAAAACUCUCUCGAGUAACUCUAGAAGAUCUGUUUUCCUUCUUUUGCAACUUCCUUGUUUCCUUUUUUGUUUUCCGUUGUUUACAAUAUGUUCUAAUUGGUGCGGUUGACAAAGGAAAGAAGUUGGAAUUGGACUAGGAUUUUUAGAUAUAAUUUGUCAUUCUUUGUUA